AUGGAGAGUAUUUAAGAUUUAAAAAACUUGAUAGGUCACAAUUUCAAUGCUGGGAAUUUUAGUAAAUAUAUGAUAAACAAUGAUAUUGCAGAUGUCGAUUAAUUAAUUAAGGAUUGUCAAUUAGAAAACUCAGGGCAAAGAUUCAAUAUCUGGAGAUUAUUUUUAAGAAUAUAUUCGAAAGAGGAUUCAUUUACCCAAAAAAUAGAAAAGCUAACGAAACUUAGAGAAAAUUAUAAAGAAUUAGAAAAUAAACAUCUGAAAACUUCGAAUACCUAAGCCCAAAACAAAACUGAAGAUUCAACUAAAAAAGGACCAUUAGGAGGUCCUCUAGGAGGUCCCUUAGGCGGUGGCAAAUAAAAAUAACAAUCCUCUAAUGCAAUUGAUAAUGUAGAAUUAAGAAAUGAAAUCCGAAAAGAUGUUGAAAGAACUUAUCAAGAAUUUGAAUUCUUUUCUUCAAAGCGAAUUUAAUAAAUACUUACAACAGUAUUAUUUAUUUGGUGUAAAGAGAAUAGUGAGAUAUCAUAUAGACAGGGAAUGAAUGAAAUUGCUGCUUCAUUAAUAUAUAUUUAUACUAAGGAAGCAUUAUAUAAGGAAGAGGUUGAAAAAUAUGAAGAAGCAACUGAAGAAGAAAUUAACAUACUCUUGUAAUUCAACUCUUGGGAAUAUGCAGAACCUGAUAUUUAUGUAUUGUUCACUGCUCUAAUGAAUGAUGCUUAACAUAUGGAGAUGUUUAGACCAAAUUACACUGAAUAGCAAAAAAUCAAGCUUUAAAGCAAGAAACCAAGUGCAAUUUUAACAAGAGUUGCAAAAUUACAAGACAUUCUAUUGAAGUAAGUGGAUUUGCAAUUAUUUCGACAUCUAAAACUUCUUCAAGUUGAAUUCCAGAUCUUCCUGUUAAAAUGGAUAAGAUGUAUGUUUACAAGAGAAUUGUCAUUAAUAGAAUCAUUUCAUGCUUGGGAUGCAAUCUUUUAGGAUUUCUUUUUACAAUAAUGUGAUACAUUAUUCUUUGUAGAUUGUAUAGCUAUUGCCAUGAUAAUUUACUUAAAAAAUCAAUUAAUGGAAAAUGAAGAAUCAAGUCAAUGUUAUCAAAGGUUCUUGAAAUACCCUAAAAUAUCCAAUCUAGCUAACUUAUUAGAUACAGCAACUUAAAUAAGAAAUAUAUUGAUUUCUUAAAAGUCUUCUAAUAAUUUAGAUGACAACCUUGAAGGAACAGAAAAAAUAGAAAAACUAAUAAGCCCAGCAUUUUUUGUUGGUGAUAAAGUAGAUACAGAUCCUAAGGCAUAAUAAGACAAAGUCAAAAGUCGUGAAUAACCUUAACAACCUUAAUAAAAGUCACAACCAGUUUAAUAGUAAGUAACUUAAAAUGAGGAAGAACAAUCUUAAUCACCCUAAUCAUAAAUUAAUGAAAAAUAACCAGUGAAGCAAUAAGAGUAACAAACAGUGUUCUUUGAUGACAAAAUUAUGGCAUCAAAUACAAAGGCUUAAAAAUCAUAGUUUAGUGUUGAAGAGAAUGCUUAGCAGAAAGAGGUAGUCUAGGAAAGUGAAGAUAAAUAAAAGCCAAUUAAAUUAUCAAUAAAAGCGGUAGAGGACAUCUGUACAACUAUAGAGGAAGCCUUUAAUGUGAUUAAGAAAAGCAAUGAAAGUUAAAAUCAUUAAGAAUUGAUAAUUAGUUUGGCUGAACUUAAAUCAUAUCUGACAAAAUAAAUAACAGAAGUUGAGGGAAGAUAAGGGAAUUCAUAGGAUGAUGGUUAAAGAAACAAAAAUGGUGGAUUUGUAAUUAAGAAAUAGCUCACAGGGUAACAACUUCCUCAAGAAGAUAAUGGAAUAAAGAGUAAGAUGGCAGGCUUCUUUAAAAAAUGGUGA